AAACACGAAUUAUAAAAAAUGUUUAAAAAAGAAAGAAAGAAAUGCCGAUUUACGGUUCACAAAACCCUCCUAUCGUCGCACCCAACAACAAUGUGGGUCUUGAUGGGAUGAUGAUCAACUUGGCUAGCCUAUUGGCCGGAACCGCUACCAACCCUUUUGAGAAUGGGUACUUAGAGGGUCCAGCCAAGGCACCAUUGAAGGCUGCAUCCGCAUGUCCUGGUGUUUAUGGCAAAGGACCUUACGUGGGCUAUGCUAGACAAGCAAGCUGUAACGCUCGUGGAGACAACAGGAGGAAGAACUUGCUUCCAGCUCUUUAUGAUCCUGCGACGUGUGAUCUUGGUCUCAAAGAUGAAGGGUAAACCAGUGCAGCUUGGUGUUGAACAAAGGUAAAGGGGGAGAAUUGCAGUAUUAGCUACUUUCAUGAAUGACAAUGGUGGUUCCAACAAUUGUUGAGAGUUUUAGAAAUGGUAAAGCUAUGCAGGAAGGCGACUCCAUGGACAUGUUUGCAAUGUGGCCUGAGCCACAAUAUUGCUGGCUUGGUUUAGUUAAAGCUUUUACUGCAAUAAGGCAAAUGAAGUUCUUUUAUACUAAGCUCCAUGAAACAUGUGAAGUAUUGUUGAUGCCCUCUUUGGGUUAGGAAUGGUUGUGGCCAAUUUGAUAUACAUUAGUGUUGUAUUGAGUAUUGUGACUGACCUAACCUUUGGAGGGGAAAAGAGAAAUUGGCAACAAUCAUUCCUUGCACCAACAGAGGAACAGCAAUACUUGACAUGCUUCUUGGGAGUACGGUAUAAAAGAACUCUAUUGGGCCUAUUACAGUAAAAGCUUGUGGCAUAUGCCACAUUGCCACAUUACAAACAUGUCCUUUGAAGUCGCUACCUGUAUAGCCUUCACACACAACAUUUGCUGAAACUAUCAUUGCCAUCCACGAAAGUAAUAUAGCACAAUUCCCAUCCUUAGUUUAACACCAAGCUGCACUAGUUUACGCUUUCAACAACACUAGAUAUGGCAAAUUGGAUUUGGCCGUUCCUUGCUCGAUUGAAGCGGAGACUUUGGUUUGACAUUAUGAUGAAUGAUUGGAUAUUGUUCUAGUUGUUUGUUUUUAUUAACAGCAGUUAGGAUAUAUAUGAUAGAAGGAGUGUGCAUAAAAAGAUAUUUUUUAC